UUGGCCGCCAUCACGAAGUUGCCGCCAUCUUGACGGAUCCUGUGAACGCUGAACGCCGAGCGUACUAGUUGUCACCCUCCUAAAAUUUUCAUUUUGUCAUCUGUUGAAAAGAUCAGUGAAUUCUACAACUAUAACAAUGGUUUACACCAGGAGACCAGCUACUCAAAAUCAGGCUAACACAACGGCCCCAGCCUAUUCCACCAUGUCCACAAGGAACAGUCCCCAGACAGGCACUUUCCCAGCGCAGCAGCAGUAUGCUGGUAGUGUAACUACUGCAACUGGCAACUACCAGCAGUCCUACAACACUGGCAACUACAACACCCAACAGACUUUCCCUGCAAAACAAGCAGCACCUGUAACACCGGCAGCUCAACCUCAAGCACAGGCACCAGUGCAAAAUAUCAAGGAUGAAAAUAACACACCUAUGGAAACAGGUCAAGAAGGAGAAGAAGGAGGAAAGAAGGGAUUCUUCCGCCAAAGAUUCGGUGGAAUCAAAUACAAGCCCAACAAGCGAGUGAAGAACAUGAAGAGAAAUAAUGUCCUCCGGCGAGUGAUCAAGCCAAAGAAUUCUAUCAUGUGUCUUCAUGAAAUUAUCACUGGUCUUCAAUUCAACGUCAAUGAGCUUCCCAUGGGACAUGAUGGACUUCAAAGAUUUAAUGUCUCUGUCAAUGCUUACGGUAAAACAUAUGAAGGCAAUGGUCAUUCUAAAUUACAGGCCAAACAGGUUGCUUGUGAAAAUGCCCUGAAAGGAAUUUUAAUUGAUAGAAUGGUGAAGCAAGCACAAAAAGAAGCCUCAGGUGAUGUGGAAAUGACAGAUGAAAAUGGAGACUCGAAAGAAAACCCUGAUGAGGUCAUCCCAUGGGUAAAUGUAGCUUCAUUUGCCCUUCACAAAUUGUUCAGCGAAUGGCAAGCGCAAGGAACAAAUAUUCCUUUGGACGGAAUUCCAUCAAACGCAACUGCUGGCACUCCAAAACCCGCCAAACAACCCAAACAAGAAAUAAACAGGCCGCUGCCUGAAAACCCAACUUCUUAUCAACCUGUAAUGCUUCUUCACAUGAUCCGUCCUGCUGUCACUUUUGAUGACGUCACCAACCCCGCCCAAGGAGGGGCUCCCUCUUUCACAGCUACAUGCGUAAUGGACGGAAAAACUUAUUCUGGAACUGGUUCAAAGAAGAAGACAGCUAGAAAGAAUGCAGCAAAAGCUGCUCUUGCUUCCCUGGGAGUCAUCUACCCUCCAGAAGCUUAAGUCAAUCAGCAAACUUUUAAUUUCUCUAUCAACGUAUUUAAUUCAAUAACUUAACAGUAAAAUCAGUUUUAUCCUGUCAACUAUUCUUACUUGAUUGUAAGUCUGGUCUGCAAAAUCAUUAUUUUGCUUUUACAUAUUAAGAUAUAUAAAUGUCCAAUCCAAAAAGAGUGUAAAUAGAUAAGCCAUUACGUAUAGAUCUCCUAAUUUAAUUUCUGUUCGUAAAAGCAAGUUAGACCUCUCAGAGGACCUGCAUAUUUAUGUUGUAGGUCAAAAUGAUUUAAAAUUCUGUCUGAAAAUUUUUCAUCUUAUUCCCUUAAGAUUUUGCGGUCCAAGCUUCAUAAGCCUGUAUUGUCUGUACAGUUCAAGGUGAGUGCUUGCAUCAGAAGACUUUUUCGCAUACUGCAUUGAUUUUAAAAUUACUUCUAACCACAGGGCACACGAUGGGUACUCACUUUGACCAUGUUGAGUUCUUUUUUUGCAAAAAGAAGUCUCUCCACCCCUUGAAAGCAAGAAUGUCACAUUCAAUGUAAUUAAUUUAAAAUUUUAAGUACUUGGUGUUCCUCUGCAAUUAGUUAUUGUCUUAUUUUGUAUUGAUCAUUUUUUUUAUUUCAAAGUUUUAUCAUUUGUUUAAAGGAAGAGAAAUUUUCCAUUAUUUCUCUACUAGGACAGAAAGUUCGGUUCUUCUCCUAUUUAUUUUGAAGUAGGUUUUAUUGAUUUGCCCUUUUCAGCAGUAUAUUGUCUUAAGCAUGUGACUAAGUUGAUAUUUCUAUCAAUAAAAAGAAUAUCUUCCACAGGAA